CUUUCGGGAAGCCGCCUCCUUUCCCAGAAGCGGAUCGGAGCAGCCGGGGACUUCCCAGGGCGGGCGGAGAACCCGGUGCCGGACCCGCCUCUCUCCGCCUCCGCCCCCCAGUUCGCGGCCCCUCGCCCGAGCCGGGGAGUUGCGGGCGGCGCGUUUCCACGGGGCGGCUGCGGAGCGGGGCCAGGAAUUGCCCCCGGCGCCUGGGAUCCGCUAGCCCCGGAGAAGCCGCAUCCAGACCCCGGCCCCCACCGAGGAAAGCGGGAGACCCGAAGCGGAGUGGAACUGGAUCGGCAGGACAGGUUCUGCGGUCACUCCGGCACGGCUCUGAGCGCAGUGACCCGAGCGGCCGCCAGAGGUCGCCCCCGGCGGGGACCGGCCGCUGCCGGGCCUAGGGGAUUUAGACACUCGCUGCAGAGCGCGGCAGGGACCGGCCGCAGCCGGGCCUAGGGGAUUUAGACACUCGCUGCUGAGCGCGGCGGGGCCCGGCCCGGGCAUGAAGCCGGCCAUGGCCUGGCUGUCCUUGCCCCUGGCGGUGCUGCUGGAUUUCCUCACCCUGCGCCUGGCCCUGCUGCUCUGCCCCCUGCUGCAGGCCUGGGACCCCCUGGCGCUGGCCUGGGGGGUGGCGCUGGCGCGGGGGGCACUGCUGAGCCUGAGCGCCCAGGCUGCCCGCGGCAGGGGGCAGGGGCUGCCCGGGGGGCUGCGGGAGGCGCUGCUGCCCCUGGCCGCCCUGCUCAGCCUGCUGCUGCCCGGCUACGUGACCCUGCAGGCGCUGGCCCAGCCCCGGGCGCCCCCCUCGGAGCUGCUGCACGGCUGGGGGCGAGGGGACGUCUUCGGCCUGACCUACGGCGCGGCGGGGCUGGCGGCCGCGCUCUGGCACCAGCUGUUCCCCGCCGGCAGGGGGGAGCCGGGGCCCUCGGCCUCGCUGGGCCGGCUGCUGGCCUGCGUGAGGCCCGACCUGCUGCGCUUCGUGGCCAUCGCGGGGUUCCUGGUGCUCUCCUCGCUCGGUGAGUCGGGGGACGGGGGCUGCGGGCGCGAGGGGGAGAGGCCCCGUGUCCGGUCCCUGCCUCCCUGA